AUAUGAUCACACGUCAAAGCAAAGGUUUUUUGGAAACCGUAAAAAUAUAUAUAUAUAUAUAUAAAAAAGACAAUAUAAGAAAAAGCCUUUUGUUUACGUGACAGUUAAAUAAUUUUAAUUAUUGUAAUUCUUAAAAAUUUAACAAAAGUGUAUUUAAUUGUUAUGAUUGUAUGUCAAUAUUUAAGAAAAAUAUUUCUAUAAUCAAAUAUGUAUUGACGUGUCUUAUUGACGCAAUAAAAUUAGCAAUUAAAUGGAAGCAUAAGACUCCAGUGAAAUGUUGAAAAACGUAUCAUUCUCAGUUUAUAGAAAAAGAAAUAUUUGUUUUCUAGAAUUUUUUAUUUUUGCCUUUAUUUUACAUUAUUCUUAAUAACAUAACCUCUAAAUUAAAAAAAAAAAAAAACAAAGUAAUGAAAAGAAAGUGAGAAAAGAGAAACAAUGACGAAAAAUCAAUUUAUUUUAUUCUUAUUUACUUUAGUUAUAAUUUGUGUUUAUUCUGAGGUUGAAGAUGGUGUUAAAAAAAGAGGAGAUAUUAGUGAAAAAACCGAAACAGAUGAUGAAUCUCAUGAAAAGGAGAAAGAAAUUGACGAUUUGGAAAUUGAUAUCGAUAAAUUACCGGAAAUGUCAACACUCAAAGAUACAUUAUUUUUUCUAAGUGAAAAAUUACAAAAACAUCAAAAAGGCGACGGUGACAAUGAAAAUGAUGAUAAUUUAAUACAAAAAUUACAAGAAUCAUCGACAAGAAUUGAUUGGACACAAGACGCUGCAUUGAAAAAUGCAUUGAUGAAAAAAGUUAUUGAACAUACAAAAAAUUCUGAUUUAGAAGAAUCUGAAUUGAGAUCAUUUGAAAAUGGUAAUAUAAAACGAUGGAAUAUGGUUGAGAGUCUUGGCGAUGAAAAUGAAGAAGAAGAAGUUCAAGAAUCACUUCCACCAGAAGAUCAAGAAGCUGAAGAUAUAUUUAAAAAGGCAAGAAGUCUUUUAAAUGCAACAAGAGCAAAUAAAGCCGAGGCUUAUAAACUUUUAACAGCUGCUGCAACAUUGGGACAUAAAGAAGCACGUUCAAUGUUGGCUUGGGCGCAAUUAUUAGGCACACAAAUUAAUUCAUCACCAUCGCGAGCAUCUAGUCAGGAUAUUCCAACAGCUUUUCAAACAUUUCAAGAACUUAGCGAAAAAGGAUUGCCUUCUGCACAUAUGGGAAUGGGAUUUCUUUUUGCAACUGGACUUGGCGGUGUUAAUGCAUCACAGCCAAAAGCAUUGCUUCAUUAUACAAUUGCUGCACUUGGUGGCGAUACAAGAGCACAAAUGGCACUUGGCUAUAGACAUUGGGCGGGAAUAACAACACCCGCAUCUUGUGAGAGAGCAUUGGAUUUUUAUCGCAAAGUAGCAAAUAAAGUUGCUGAGGAGGUAUCAUUAAGUGGAGGACCAGUUGUACAACGUGUGAGACUUCUCGAUGAAUAUGAAAAUCCCGGUUAUAGUUCUGGUAUAUUGGAUCAGGAUUUAAUUGAAUAUUAUCAAUUGCUCGCUGAGAAAGGCGAUAUACAGGCGCAAGUUGGUUUGGGUCAACUUCAUUAUCAAGGCGGUAGGGGUGUACCUCUCGAUCAUCAAAGAGCAUUACAUUAUUUUCAACACGCUGCUGAUGCUGGCAAUCCAGUUGCAAUGGCAUUUUUAGGAAAGAUUUAUUUGGAAGGAAGUGAUAUUGUUAAGCAGGAUAAUGAAACGGCGUACAAGUAUUUUAAAAAAGCAGCAGAAUUAGGAAAUCCAGUUGGACAAAGUGGUUUAGGAUUAAUGUAUUUAUAUGGCAGGGGAGUUGAACGUGACACGGCAAAGGCACUUCAAUAUUUUAGUCAAGCUGCCGAUCAAGGUUGGGUUGAUGGACAAUUGCAAUUGGGAAAUAUGUAUUUUAGUGGUACUGGUGUAAUGCGCGAUUAUAAAGCGGCAAAUGAAUAUUUCAAUCUUGCAAGUCAAUCAGGUCAUGUUUUGGCAUUUUUUAAUCUUGCACAAAUGCACGCGACUGGAGCUGGAAUGAUGAGAAGUUGUUCGACUGCUGUUGAAUUAUUAAAAAAUGUUGCCGAACGAGGAAAAUGGAGUGAUCAAUUAAUGGCAGCGCAUACUGAUUAUCGUGAGGGUAGAAUUGACGAGGCUUUUGUUACUUAUGUUCUAUUGGCUGAAAUGGGUUAUGAAGUUGCACAAAGUAAUGCGGCAUUUAUUCUCGAUAGAGGUGAAAUUUCAAUUCUUACCGAAGAAGAAGGACUUGUACGCGCUUUACAACUUUGGGCACGUGCUGCAGCGCAAGGUUAUUCAGCAGCGCAGGUGAAACUUGGCGAUGCACAUUAUUAUGGAAAAGGAACGCGUAUCGAUUAUGAAGCAGCGGCAACACAUUAUCGUUCAGCAUCGGAACAACAACAUAAUGCCCAAGCAAUGUUUAAUUUGGGUUAUAUGCAUGAAAGAGGUUUGGGACUUGCUCUCGAUCGUCAUUUAGCAAAAAGAUGUUAUGAUCUUGCCGCUGAAGCAAGUCCAGAUGCAAAAAUUCCCGUUACACUUGCAUUAAUGAAACUAUUUCUUUUAUUUGGUUUAGAUUAUCUUCAAGAAUUCAGUUUAAUUGAUAAUUUAAUGAAAAUGAGUCAAAUUUUUGGACAAAAUUGGGAUCUCUAUCUUAUUGGACUUCUCACUGGAAUUGUUAGUUUAAUUAUUUACUUCCGUAGACCGCAACCACCUGCACAAAGGCCUAUACCAACCAAUUAAUUAUGAAAAAGAAAUUACAAUAGAAAAGGAAAUUUUUUUUCUUUUAUUAAAUUUUUAUUAAUAUUCAUAUUGUAUUAUUUGAAAUCGUUAAACGAAUGAAAAAAAAAGAAAAGCCUUUUAAAAAUUGUGUAAUAUAAUUUACGAUAAAGACAAAAUAAAUUGCAUUUUAAGGCGUUAAUUUAAUAAAUAAAAAAAAGUGAGAAUCCAAUAAGAGAGAAAAAAAUUUGUGUAUUGUGUUAAAAUGCCUCAGCAGAAUGAAAGGAAAAUAUUUUUUUUUUUUUUUUGUUUUAAUUUCAUUCUGCCUUUGUGGCUUCAAUUUUGCUGAUUUGACUGACGUUUGUAUAAAUCUAAAGAAGAAUAAAGAAGUAAAUGAGAAUCAUUAUAAUUAAAAUGAAAAUUUUCUUCUUUUCCCAUUAGAAUAACAAUUUACGUUUCACGUUUACAUCUUUAAUUCUUCUUACUUUUAAUUAACUAUAGAGGUUGUAAAGUGUUAUUGUAAUUUAUAAUAUAUAUCGAAUAAUAAAUUUUGAAUGUUUGUUAAAAA